AUGGAUUAAGCUAUUCUAAUUAAUGCAGAAAAUGAGAAUAAUAAAUAAUUUGAGGAGGAACUAUCUCUAUCAAUCAAAUAAGAAUAACAUGAAAAAUCAAAUUAAAAUUUAUAUUGUAAUUUGUGCAGUUUAUAUCAUCCUAAACUUUUGAAUUACUCUACUCUCGAAAGAGAACUAAACAUUUGCUAAUUUUGUAAUGAUAUAAUUAAUUCAUUUUAAAAAUAAAAUAUGAAUUCGGAAACUUUUAAAAAUUGUAAAUACAGCUAAGAAAUUGAAAUAUAAGUAUUAAAUUAAGGGAAAUUUUAUAAUUUGAAAUAUGGUGAAUGCAAUAUAUGCACAUCUCCUAAUACUAUUUUAAUUAAAAUUAACUAUUGUAAUCAUUAUUAUUGUGAUUAAUGUUUAAGUAUUUACAUAAACUUAAAUAAUAAUAAUUGUAGAAAAUUAUAAUGUCCUUUUUUGAAUUGCACAUAUGAGAUUAAUGAUUAUAUGAUAUUUUAAUAUUUACAGUAUGAUGAUAUUAAAAACUGGAGUAAAUUUUCAUAUAAUUAAUUUUGUUAUUAGAAAAAAUGCAAAGCAAAGUUUAUUUUGUAACCUUAUAAUAAUUUGUAGCAAUUAAAUAUUUUUUAAUAUAAUAAUCUCAAUUAAUGUGGAAUGUGUAAACAAAAAUUUUGUUCAAUUUGUUGGACAAAACAUGAUGGAAAAUGUGAUUUUGAUAAACUCUUUCUAAAAUAUAUCAAAGAAAAAAAGAUUUUAAAAUGCCCUUAUUGUUUUUCAUUUACAGAACCAAACAAUUGUUCUGAAAACAAUGAUCCAUGCAGACAAUAUAAGGUAAAUUGGUAAUAAUGUUAUGUAUGCAAUCAUUUAUUUUGUUUGGAUUGUAAAGGGCCUUUGCAACUGUUUGAAUCAAUCCCAAAUUCAGAAACUUUGACCUGUAUCUCUUGUAAAAAAAAAGAAAAAAAUAUUUUGUUUAUAUUUUCACGUGUUAUUUCUCAAUUAUCAUUUAAAGUGAUAUUAAUUUUACUAUUUUACAUAGCUGUUAUUUUCAUUGUUGCAUUUUUAGCAUGUGGAUUUAUUAUAGUAUUAGGAAUUUAUAUUGCAUUACAUUAGCUAAUAUAAGUAACGAAAUGGGUUUUUAAUCUUGUUAAAAAUCGUGCUAGCCAUUUUAAUAAUGGAAUUUUAAUAGCCUUUUCACCAAUAAUAAUAAUAUUAAUGCUGAUAUCCAUAGUUAUCCUUUAUAUAAUUGGUUUCAUCCCUCUCUUAAUUUAUAACAUUAAACAAUACUUUUAUUUAGAUGAUUGA